CCCGACCUUCGAGGAAUUCCACUUCCCGAAUCAACAAAUAUUUGUCCGCUUUGUACAGAUAAUUUAGCUAAUCCAACAGCAAUUCCAUCCGGUUAUGUGUUUUGUUAUACUUGUAUACAUCACCAUGUCGAGGAAUUUGGUUGCUGUCCGGUUACUUUGAUAAAGAUUAAUAUUGAUGAAUUAAGAAGG